GAAUGAGAGGGAGAGAGAGAGAAAGUGGAGAGAAAAAGCAGCAGCUUGUCUCGCCCUGCAGAAUGGCCCAGAGGCUUUGAGCUUUGAGCUUCAGCUCUGUGCUGCUCCACCAUGCUCACACACACACUCAGCUCCAGGGGAAAGCAGCUCUAACUCUUCUGCUCAAUCCGGAGGACACACACAUAUACACACACACACACACUCCAGGGUCCAGGAAAGAUCCAUCCCAGAUUGGCCUCAGCAGACGGGAGUUGCGUCCAGCCUAGAGGUUCUGUGCUCUCAGAUCAAGUUUUUCUAAAGUGGAUCAGCUGCGGGAAAGGGGCAGCGAGGCAGAAUGUGGCUGCUGAAGUUGGCUGUGGGUCUCACAGCACUGUGUGUCGUGUGUGGAGACACCAAGACGGACAAACCUGCAGAGCAGAGGGUCAGCAGGUCCAAGCGCCGGGGCGGGGACACGCUUAAAGGACCCAACGUAUGUGGCUCACGUCACCAAACCUACUGCUGUCCUGGCUGGAAGACAUUGACCGGUGGCAAUCAGUGCAUCGUCCCGAUCUGCCGCAGUUCUUGCGGAGAUGGAUUCUGCUCCAGACCAAACAUGUGCACCUGCCCAAGCGGACAGAUCGCUCCGUCCUGCGGCUCCAAGUCAGUUCAACACUGUAACAUCCGAUGCAUGAAUGGCGGAUCCUGUGCAGAGGACAGCUGCUUGUGUCAGAAAGGCUACACUGGAACUCACUGUGGCCAGCCGGUGUGUGAGUCGGGAUGUCUAAACGGUGGAAGGUGUGUCGCUCCAAACCGAUGUGUGUGCACGUACGGCUUCACCGGAGCUCAGUGUGAACGAGAUUACCGGACGGGCCCAUGUUUCGCCUCCGUGAGUAACCAGAUGUGUCAGGGGCAGCUGACCGGGAUUGUGUGCACUAAGGCGCUGUGCUGUGCCACGGUAGGCAGGGCCUGGGGGCAUCCCUGCGAACAGUGCCCCGCCCAGCCACACCCCUGCCGCCGCGGCUUCAUCCCCAACCACCGCACCGGAGCCUGCCAGGACGUGGACGAGUGCCAAGCCAUUCCUGGUCUCUGUCAGGGAGGGAACUGUAUCAACACCGUCGGCUCGUUCGAGUGCAAGUGCCCCGCUGGACACAGAUUCAACGAGAUCAGCCAGAAAUGUGAAGACAUUGACGAGUGCUCGAACAUCCCAGGCUUGUGCAGUGGUGGCGAAUGCUCCAACACCAUCGGCAGCUACUUCUGCAGGUGUCCUUUGGGAUUUGACACUGCUCUGGACGGGUCACGCUGCAUUGAUGCCCGCUCAGGAUUUUGCUAUGACAGCCUUAUAAACGGUCGUUGCGCAAACCUGAAUGCCCAGCGCAUGACCAAGAGCCAGUGCUGCUGCAAUAUCGGCCGCUGCUGGGCUGGAACCACCAUACCUGAGAUGUGCCCCAUCCGUGGAACAGAGGAGUAUCAGGUGCUGUGUCUACAGGUCCAGCCCAUGGUUCCAGGGAUUCCUGGGGUUCCUGGCGUUCCUGGCGUUCCUGGGGGUCCUGUAGUUACUCUUCCAUUCGUUCCUCCGGUUCCUGGUCAGGUUAUACCACAAGUCCCAAGCAUUAUUCCCUUACAACCAAGACAACCACCAGACUCUCGGGCACCCUCACGACCAGAAAUAUCUUUGCGCUUUCCUGAUUACCUCACACAGAACAUCACCGCUGUGAACCUGUGUGAGACUGUGACGCACCUGUGUCCGAACGGCCGCUGUAUCCCGAUUCCUGGUGGAUACCGCUGCGAGUGCAACAUGGGCUACCAGCUAGACAUUCGCGGGCAGUGUAUCGAUGAUGACGAGUGUGAGCGGAGUCCCUGUGUCCAUGGGCAGUGUAUGAACACUCCUGGUUCCUACUACUGUCAGUGUCCAGCUGGGUUCCAGACCACUGCUACUAGAACCGAAUGCAAAGAUCUGGAUGAGUGUGUGGCUAACGGCCGCAUCUGCAAUAACGGACGGUGUGUGAACACGGAGGGCAGUUUCCACUGUGUGUGUAACGCCGGCUUCGAGCUCUCUUCUGAUGGGAAGAACUGCCAAGAUACUGAUGAGUGUCAGAUUAGGAACAUCUGCUUGAAUGGAAUGUGUAUUAAUGAUGAUGGAAGCUUCAAAUGCAUCUGCAAAGCUGGCUAUCUACUGGACGGCACUGGACGUUACUGCAUAGAUGUGGACGAGUGUGAGGCCCCAGGGAUCUGUUUGAAUGGACGCUGUGUUAACACAGAAGGUUCCUUCAGGUGUGAGUGUAUGCCUGGACUCGCUGUGGGCCUGGACGGACGGACGUGUGUGGACACUCACAUGCGCAGUACGUGUUAUGGGGGCUAUAAGCGAGGUCAAUGUGUGCGGCCGUUCUUUGGGGCUGUGACUAAAUCUGAAUGCUGCUGUGCCAGUGUGGAGUAUGCCUUCGGGGAACCAUGCCAACCGUGCCCACCGCAGACAUCAGCUGAGUUUGCGGCUCUGUGUCCAAGCGGAAUUGGCACCACCACCGACGGCAGAGAUAUUAACGAGUGUGCCCUGAACCCGGAUAUCUGUCAGAACGGAGAGUGUGAAAACAUGCUGCGCACCUACAAAUGCAACUGCAACCAGGGCUUCGAGGUGGACACCACCGGCAAGAACUGCGUAGAUAUUGAUGAGUGUGCAGUGAACAAGUUGCUGUGUGAAAACGGUCUGUGCCGGAACACUCCGGGCAGCUACACCUGCCACUGCCCGAAAGGCCUCAUCUUCGACCCAGAGACAGAAGUGUGUGAGGAUGUCAACGAGUGUGAGUCAAACCCCUGCGUUAACGGAGAAUGUAGGAACGUUGUGGGCAGUUUCAACUGCAUGUGCCCCACCGGCAGUACUCUGGAUGCGUCUAAGACGCAGUGCAUCGAGACAGGUAAGGGGACGUGCUGGCUGAAGGCGGUGAAUGGUCACUGUGAGGUGAACAUUAACGGGGCCACGCUGAAGUCGCAGUGCUGUGCCACGCUGGGGGCCGCAUGGGGUUCACCCUGCACACGCUGUGAACAAGAUCCGAUCUGCCCGAAAGGACAUUCCCGAGUCAAAGGAACGAUCUGUGAAGAUGUGAACGAAUGUGAGGUUUUCCCAGGGGUGUGUAUUAAUGGGAAGUGUGUAAACACCGUGGGUUCCUUCAUCUGUCAGUGUCCCACUGGAAUGACUGUAGACUCAUCUGGGAGAACCUGCAUUGAUCUUCGUACGGAGCAGUGUUACCUGUCCCAUGAGGAUGAGCGCUGCGGAGCUGUGAUUCCAGGCCGGCACCGCGUGGACGCCUGCUGCUGCUCAGUAGGUGUGGCCUGGGGUCCAGAGUGUGAUGAGUGUCCAGAGAAAGGAACGCCGGAGUACUCCUUACUCUGCCCCCGCGGACCCGGAUUCGCCCACCGUGGGGAUUUCAUCAACGGAAAACCUUUCCUCAAAGAUAUAAAUGAGUGUAAGAUGAUUCACAGCCUGUGCACCAAUGGAAAGUGCCGGAACACCGUCGGCAGCUUCCGCUGCAGGUGUGACAGUGGAUAUGCUCUCGACUCUGACGAGAGGAACUGCACAGAUAUCGAUGAGUGCCGUAUCUCUCCGGAUCUGUGUGGCCAUGGCACGUGUGUUAAUACAGCGGGAGAUUUCGAAUGUGAAUGUUUCCCUGGUUACGAGAGCGGAUUCAUGAUGAUGAAGAACUGCAUGGAUAUUAACGAGUGUGAGAGAAACCCAUUGCUGUGUCGUGGUGGUGAGUGUGUGAACACGGAGGGAAGUUUCAGGUGCCGGUGUCCUCCCGGCCACGAGAUCGCAACUGAUGGCUCCGCCUGCCUUGAUAUUAAUGAGUGUGAGCUGAGUGAUAAGCUCUGUCACAACGGACAGUGUGUGAACAUGGUCGGACGCUACCAGUGUUCCUGCAACACCGGCUACAAAUCCACUGAGGACCGGCUCUCCUGCAUUGAUAUUGAUGAGUGUACUAUUCUGAACGGAGGCUGUGAGACCACCUGUACAAACUCAGAGGGCAGUUAUGAGUGUAGCUGUCGCCGUGGAUAUGCUCUGAUGCCUGACCAACGCAGCUGCACUGAUAUCGACGAGUGUGAGGACAGUCCUGAUAUCUGUGAUGGAGGCCAGUGCACCAACAUCCCAGGAGAGUACCAGUGUCUCUGCUUCGACGGCUUCAUGUCCUCUGAAGAUAUGAAGACUUGUCUGGAUGUGGAUGAGUGUGAGCUGAACCCAAAUAUCUGUCUGAGUGGAAAGUGUGAGAAUACAAAAGGCUCGUUCAUCUGCCACUGCGAGCUGGGCUACUCCGUCAGGAAGGGAACGACCGGCUGCACAGAUAUAAACGAGUGUGAGAUCGGAGCUCAUAACUGCGCCCGUCACGCCACCUGCACCAACACAGCUGGCAGCUUCAAAUGCAGCUGCGCACCUGGAUGGAUCGGGAAUGGAAUUGUAUGCACAGAUCUGGACGAGUGUUCUAACGGCACACACCUGUGCAGCUCCAACGCUGACUGCAUGAACACCAUGGGCUCCUACCGCUGCUUGUGCAAGGAAGGAUACACGGGAGAUGGAUUCUACUGCACAGACAUAGACGAAUGUACAGAGAAUGUGAAUCUGUGUGAGAACGGUCACUGUUUGAACAUCGCCGGCGGUUACCGCUGUGAGUGUGACAUGGGCUUCAUCCCAACAUCUGAUGGAAAAGCCUGUGAAGACAUUGAUGAGUGCACCUUUGCUGAUAUCUGUGUAAACGGCCGCUGUCAGAACAUUCCGGGUUUGUUCAGGUGCGAGUGUCAUAUCGGUUUUGAGUUGGACCGCAGUGGAGGAAACUGCACAGAUAUAAAUGAGUGUGCGGACCCCACCGCCUGUAUCAGUGGCUUUUGUGUGAACACGCCAGGAAGCUACAUCUGUAACUGCCCCCCUGACUUCCAGCUCAACCCCACUGGAGUCGGCUGUGUGGACACUCGCUCCGGUAACUGUUACCUGGAUGUGCGUUCCCGUGGCGACGCCUCAGAGAGCUUGGACUGUUCCAAUGAGAUCGGAGUGGGCGUGUCUAAAGCCUCCUGCUGCUGUUCGCUGGGACAGGGCUGGGGAACACCCUGCGAGGCCUGUCCUCCACUCAACUCCUCUGAGUAUAAGUCUCUGUGUCCUGGUGGAGAGGGAUUCAGACCCAACCCCAUCACUGUCAUUCUGGAGGACAUAAAUGAAUGCCAGGAGCUCCCUGGACUGUGUCAGGGAGGGAACUGCAUUAACACGUUCGGGAGUUUUCAGUGCGAGUGCCCGAAAGGCUUCGCACUCAAUGAGGAAACCAGAGUGUGUGAAGAUGUAAACGAGUGUGAAAGGCCUGGUAUCUGUGGUCCGGGUCAGUGCUACAACACCAUCGGAAACUAUACCUGCAUCUGCCCACCGGACUACAUGCAGGUCAACGGAGGAAACAACUGUAUGGAUAUGCGGCGCAGUCUGUGCUACAGAAAUUACUACUCUGAUAACGCUACGUGUGACGGUGAGCUGACGUUUAACAUGACGAAGAAAAUGUGCUGCUGCUCCUACAACAUUGGCCGAGCCUGGAACAAACCCUGCGAGCCCUGUCCCAUACCCAGCACCAACGAGUUUACAAUUCUAUGCGGCAGUGAGAGGCCUGGAUAUUACAUCGACAUCUACACUGGACAAGUGAUUGAUAUCGAUGAGUGUCGCGAGAUUCCAGGAGUGUGUGAGAACGGAGUGUGUAUCAACAUGAUCGGCAGCUUCAGAUGUGAAUGUCCAAUGGGUUUCGUCUACAAUGACAAACUGCUCAUCUGUGAAGAUAUCGAUGAGUGUCAGAACGGACCUGUGUGUCAGCAAAACGCAGUGUGUUUGAAUCUGCCGGGAGGUUACCGCUGUGAAUGUAAACCAGGAUACCGCUUCACACCCACUGGACAGUGCCUGGACCGUAACGAGUGUAUAGAGAACCCUAACGUGUGUAACCCAGGGCAGUGUAUUGACAUGGUGGGAAGCUACCGGUGCAUCUGCCCCAACGGAUACAAACCCACCACUGCGCCAGCCAUGUGCAUCGAUGUUGACGAGUGUGAGAGGCAGCCAUGUGGUAAUGGAACCUGUAAGAACACCGUGGGAUCCUACAACUGUCUCUGCUACCCUGGAUUCCAACUGAGCCACAACAUUGACUGCAUUGACGUGGACGAGUGUGCCACACAGAGAGGAAUAUGCCGGAACGGACAGUGCAUCAACACGAUCGGCUCGUUUUUGUGUAUGUGCCGGGAUGGUUAUGAACUCUCUCCAGACGGCAGGUAUUGUGUGGAUAUUAAUGAGUGCGCUCUGAAUCCGGUUGCCUGCGCUCCGGGCACCUGUCAGAACCUGGACGGCUCGUACAGGUGCAUCUGCCCACUUGGAUACUUAGUUGAAGAUGAUAAGUGUGAAGAUAUUGAUGAGUGUGCUAAGAAUCCGGAUAUCUGUAUUUUCGGAACGUGUCAGAACACGGCCGGAAGCUUCAAGUGUAACUGUCCUGAAGGCUUCCAUCUAUCUUCAUCCGGGAGGAGAUGUUUGGAUAUGAGAGUGAGUUACUGUUACACUAAGUUUGAGAACGGUCUCUGUUUGGCCCCGAAGCCUCUGAACACCACUAAAGCAUUCUGCUGCUGCAGUGCGAUGCCGGGUCAGGGCUGGGGAGACCCCUGUGAGAUCUGCCCCAGCAGCACCGACGAGGCCUUCAGGAACCUGUGCUACAACGUCGGUCAGCUAUACGGUCCAGGAGACACUCCAGAGGAUAUUGACGAGUGCAAGGAGAGGCCUGACAUCUGUAUUAAUGGCCAGUGCAUAAACACUGACGGCUCGUUCCGCUGCGAGUGUCCCAUCGGCUACAGUCUUGACUCAUCGCAGAUCAACUGCACAGACACUGAUGAGUGCUCACUGGGCAGUCCUUGUGGUAAUGGUACCUGCAAAAACGUGAUUGGCGGGUUCGAGUGCACGUGUGAUGAAGGAUUCGAGCCUGGACCCAUGAUGACCUGCGAAGAUAUAAACGAGUGCGCCCAGAAUCCCCUGCUGUGCGCCUUCCGCUGCGUGAACACGUACGGCUCAUACGAGUGUAAGUGUCCCGCAGGAUACGAGCUCCGGAUAGACCGCAGGAUGUGUAAAGACCAGGAUGAGUGUACUGACGGAGUGGAUGAUUGUGAGUCCAGAGGAAUGACCUGUAAGAACCUGAUCGGAACCUUUAUGUGCAUCUGCCCAGAGGGGUACACCAGACAGCCCAACGGAGACGGCUGCAUAGAUCUGGACGAGUGCAAGGCUAAACCCGGUAUCUGUGAGAACGGCCAAUGUAAGAACACGGUGGGCAGCUACCGCUGCACAUGUGACCCAGGCUUCGUACCGAGCUUCACCCAGACCGAGUGUAUAGACAACCGUCAGGGAUUCUGUUUCACUGAAGUUCUGCAGACUCUGUGUCAGAUGAGCUCCAGCAGCCGAGUGAGUGUGACUAAGUCUGAGUGUUGCUGUGACGGAGGCCGUGGCUGGGGGUCAACAUGCGAGCUCUGUCCGCUACCCGGAACCACACAGUACAAAAAGAUUUGUCCACUAGGCCCCGGAUACGACAACCAGAGACAAGAUAUUAAUGAGUGUAGGGUGAUGGGCAACCUGUGUAAGAACGGGCGAUGUGUGAACACAGAGGGGUCCUACAAAUGCAUCUGUAAUCCUGGAUACACCACCGACAUCAGCGGCACUCUCUGCAUUGAUGUGGACGAGUGUGCGCAGGCUCCUAAGCCAUGUAAUUUCAUCUGUAAGAAUGUGGAGGGAGGGUACCUGUGCUCCUGCCCUCGGGGUUACAUACUGCAGGAGGACCGCAAGAGCUGUAGAGAUCUGGAUGAGUGUUCAACAAAACAGCAUAAUUGUCAGUUCCUGUGUGUGAACACUAUUGGUGGAUUCACCUGCAAGUGCCCACCUGGAUUCACCCAGCACCACACCGCCUGCAUCGACAACAAUGAGUGUACCUCGGACCCUGGACUGUGUGGACCCAAUGGAGUGUGUCAGAACAGCCCGGGCAGCUUCAACUGCGAGUGCCAGAGAGGAUUCACACUGGACCCGAACGGCCAGCACUGUGAAGAUAUGGAUGAGUGUGUGGGUAAUCAUCGGUGUCAGCACGGUUGUCAAAACCUGGUGGGCGGGUACAGGUGUAACUGCCCACAAGGCUACCUGCAGCACUACCAGUGGAACCAGUGUGUAGAUGAGAACGAGUGCCAGAACAGUCAGAUUUGUGGCAGAGCGUCCUGCCAUAACACUCUGGGCAGUUUCCGCUGUCUGUGUCCCACCGGCUUCAUGUUCGAGCAGACGAGCGGCGGCUGUCAGGACAUAAACGAGUGUUCAUCAUCGCAGAACCCCUGCACCUUCGGCUGCUCCAACACCGACGGGGGAUACCUCUGCGGCUGCCCACCUGGGUACUUCAGAGCUGGACAGGGACACUGUGUAUCUGGAGUGGGCUUUGGCAGCAGUAGUCCUGUGGCUGGUCCUGGAUCAGAGGGAGAGGAGAACUCUCUGUCCCCUGAGGCCUGCUACGAGUGUAAAAUCAACGGCUACCCCAAAAAAGGCAGGAAGAAGCGGAGCACCAAUGCUACAGAGGAUGACCAGGUUGAUCAGGAGGUGGUCAGCUUGGCCAGUGUGGACGUGGACGAAACCAUCAACUUCAACCUGAACAUCAGCGACCUGAACAGCAAAGACCACAUCAUCGAGUUCCUGCCGGCCCUGUCCAUGCUCGCCAACCACGUCCGCUACGCCAUCGACUUCGGCAACGAGGAGGGCCUGUUCAAACUGGCUCAGAGGGACGGGGUCAGCUACCUGCACUUAACCAAGAACAAGCACCUCCAGCCUGGGGCCUAUUAUUUACAAAUCAGCAGCGUGCCUCUGUACCGCAAGAAAGAACUGGCUGCUCUGGAGGACAGGCACGACAAAGACUACCUCAGUGGACAGCUGGGAGACACGCUACGUGUCAAACUGCAGAUCGUCCUGCACUAAGGGGCGCUAGAUCAAACCAAAGACACAGAGAGGACUCCAUCCGCCAUGACCAAAGAUCUCUCCACAUAUCAUACAUAAGAGUCUCUUAGAGUAAACAGUACCGUAAUGAAUAAUGUCGAUAAUAAUAAAUAUUCCAUUGUGCUCAUAACGUAAGGAGAAGAGAAGAACGUUCUCGAUGAGAAACGACCACUGUUGUGCUGUUGAUUUGAACGGGGUGUAUCAGGAAUGGCUCUGCACUCGCUUGGACGCGGCGUGUAGACUGACUGCAGGAGGGCACGAUUAAGCCUUAAUGGACUCCGCUUUGUUAAUUCCGCUCUCUCUCCACCUUUCCUACCGAUUAGCUCUCUGUUUUUAACCGUAUUUACUGGUGCUAGUAACAUGUCAACAUUAGAGUUUUACGAAUGCACUGUAAUAUCCUUUACCAGCGCAGGAGCUCUCCAUUACCGUUUCAGUCUAAAGCGUCCUUUCCGCAAGCGACCCAGCGCUAGCUCGGUAGCCGUUCUGUCCUGUCCGUCACUUACGCCUAUCGCUACGUGCAUUACGUGUGUGUAUACUGUAACCAUGCCACUUUUUAAACUUGGGGAAUCUUUUCUAAACUAGUUAAUACACCCUGGACUGGAGGGUUGCAAAAUGGUGCUCAUUAUAAUGACCAACUACUUGUGUUAACUGUGUACAUUCACCAUUCUGAAGGAAAAACGAGCAACGUCUGUGACUCCAGACUACUGCACUGAGGCCCGACCCGCGGCCACAAACACACACUCGCGAGUACAGUCAGUGCUGUCGCCGCUGCGACAAUUAGAAGAAGAAAAAAAAAACACCAUCAUUUAGUACAGGAAUGUGUUCCGUGUUCACAUCUGUGAGGGGUUUAGCUGUAAAUUCACAAUAAAAAACAUAUUUUUGGUUUUAA